AUGGCCACUUCCCCCAGAGUCAUCGUGGUCGGUGGUGGAUUGUCCGGCCUCAGUGCCGCCCACACCGUCUACCUCAACGGAGGCAACGUGCUUGUUCUUGAUAAGCAGGCCUUUUUCGGUGGUAACUCCACCAAGGCUACCUCCGGUAUCAACGGUGCCCUCACCCGCACCCAGGUCGACCUCGGAAUCCAGGACAGCGUGAAGAUUUUCUACGAAGAUACCCUUAAAUCCGCCAGAGACAAGGCUCGUCCGGAGCUGAUCAAGGUCCUCACAUACAAGUCCGCUGCUGCGGUUGAGUGGCUGCAGGAUGUUUUCAACCUUGAUCUCACUCUCGUUUCUCGUCUUGGUGGUCACUCCCAACCCCGCACACACCGUGGUCACGAUGCCAAGUUCCCCGGUAUGGCCAUCACAUAUGCUCUCAUGCAGCGGUUAGAGGAGCUCAGCGAGAAGGAGCCCGAGCGUGUACAGAUCGUCAAGAAGGCCCGUGUCACCUCCAUCAACAAGUCUGGAAACACAGUGACUGGUGUCACUUAUGAGUUGAACGGCGAGACCCAAACCGCUGACGGUGUGGUUGUCUUGGCUACUGGUGGUUAUGCUGCCGACUUUGGCGAUGGCUCUCUGCUGAAGCAGCACCGUCCCGAUACUUUUGGCCUGUCCAGCACCAACGGUACCCACGCCACCGGUGAUGGCCAGAAGAUGCUGAUGGCCAUUGGUGCCAACGGUAUCGACAUGGACAAGGUCCAGGUUCACCCCACGGGUCUGGUUGACCCCAAGGACCCCAACGCCAAGUUCAAGUUCCUUGCCGCUGAGGCCCUCCGUGGCGAGGGUGGUCUGCUUCUCAACUCCGAUGGACAGCGAUUCUCUGACGAGCUGGGCCACCGUGACUACGUCUCGGGCCAGAUGUGGAAGGAGAAGGAGAAGGGCAAGUGGCCCAUCCGCCUGGUCCUCAACAGCAAGGCCUCCAAUGUUCUGGACUUCCACACCCGUCAUUACUCCGGCCGCGGUCUGAUGAGAAAGAUGACUGGUAAAGAGCUGGCCAAGGAGAUCGGCUGUGGUGAGGCUGCUUUGAAGAAGACUUUCGAUGAAUACAACGCCAUUGCCGAUGGCAAGCAGAAGGAUCCCUGGGGCAAGCGCUUCUUCCAUAACCUGCCUUUUGAGAUCAACGAUGAUUUCCACGUUGCUCUCAUGGAGCCCGUGCUGCACUUCACCAUGGGAGGUAUCGAGAUUAACGAGCACGCCGAGGUCUUGAACUCGGAGAAGGCUCCCUUCGACGGCCUCUAUGCCUGCGGUGAGCUUGCAGGUGGUGUUCAUGGUGCCAACCGUCUCGGCGGCUCUUCCCUGCUGGGCUGCGUCGUCUACGGUCGUGUUGCCGGUGACAGUGCUAGUGAGUACCUGUUCAAGAAGCUGACGUCCGGCUCCACUGCCCAGCAGCGUCUGGGCCAGAUCUCUCUGCACAUCGAUCCUUCCACUCCGGGCAAGAUCUCCGUUGAAUGGACCGGUGCUCCUGGCGGUGCCGGUGGCGCCCAGCUCCCCGCUGCCUCUGCUGAGGCCAUACAGACUGGCGGCUCUGGCGCUCCCGCCCCUGCUGCCGAGGCUUCGAAGCCCAACGACAUCUCCAACUUCAAGAUUCCCGAGAAGGAGUACUCGAUGGAGGAGAUCGCCAAGCACAACAAGAAGGACGAUCUCUGGAUCGUCGUCAAGGGCGUCGUCCUGGACGUGACCAACUGGCUCGACGAGCACCCCGGCGGUGCUAACGCUCUCUUCAACUUCAUGGGCCGUGACGCCACAGAAGAAUUCGCCAUGCUUCACGACGACGAGGUCAUCCCCAAGUACGCCAGCCAGACCGUCAUCGGCCGCGUCAAGGGCCAGACCCCUAGCCUGGAGUUCUAA